ACGCAUGAAGCUGUCCUGCAGGCCGCUUCUAAAUAUAAUGAAAGAGAGUUCAAAAGCACUAAGCUUGUUUGUCGUCCAAGAAAGCAAACUCCCGCGGAUCUGAAGUUAAAAUCAGAAACUUCUUCAGAUUUGGCUUCAGAUCACACUCCUCCUCCUACUCCUUCUGAAGCAGGUUCUACAGCUUCUUCCAGAUCACGAAGGUCUUCGUUACCUCCACGACAACGAAUCAGACAGUCUUCAGUUGCUUCAAUGUCUCCUGCUUCGUCAGUUUCAUCUGCAAAACCUUCAUCAGUUAAUAGAUAUUUUAUUCUAAAAUCGUUGACCCAAGAUGAUCUAGAUAUUUCUGUUAAAAGUGGAUUUUGGGCCACUCAGCCACACAAUGAAGCAGCAUUGAAUAAGGCUUUUAAAAGUGCUGAAAACGUCUUUCUUAUUUUCAGCGCUAAUAAAAGCGGUGAAUUUUAUGGAUACGCAAAGAUGGUGAGUCCAAUUAGCAAAGAGACAACAGAGAAUGUACAAUGGACACCGAUUGAUGAAGCGGCUUUAGCAGCUUCAUCAUCACGACCUUCAUCAGUCCAGGAAGAUAUAAAAACGAGAUUAAAAAAGUCUCAGGAUGAAGAGAAUGAAGAUUGUGAAGAUGACAAUAUUCCAUCGAGAAAUUGGGGAAAUACUUUUAAAGUUGAAUGGAUUAAAGUACAAAAACUUCCAUUCAUGCGUACACGUCAUCUUCGUAAUCCUUGGAAUGCGAAUAGAGAAGUGAAAAUUAGCCGAGAUGGUACUGAAGUUGAACCGAUUGUCGGUGAGCGUUUAAUUGCAGAAUUCCACAAGACACCACCUUCAACGGUUCCAGCACAAUAUAUGCCUAUCAAUGGCCCUCUAUUAACUCAACCGUUGAAUCUCGAUAAUCAAAGUGUUGAUAGUGACACAAAAGAUCGGAGAGAAUCAUUUUCCUCUCAAAGUGGUGCAUCAUCAUCGGUUCAAACUACUUUGCAACCAAUAGUGGAUCCAAACUUUAUUCAAAGCGCUCAACCAGCAUUCUUUCCGCCACCUAGUUACUGGCAUCCCCAACAUAUGAUAGUGCCUCCAUUUAGUACUGGAACUUCAGCACCAGGAUACAUUCCUGCUCAACAAGCAUGGGCAACACCUGUUCCCAAAGAUUCAUCGGGAGUCAGUCGUAUACAGCCACCUCAAUCAACAGGUGUGUCAUCAGUGAUGCCUUUGGAACAACAAUAUGUGGAGGUAAUAUGGACUCCUGUUACUCAACAUCAUUACCCAUCAGCCCCUGCUCAUCAAUUUUAUCCUAAUAAUUCUGGUAAUGCAGUAAUGUCGCAAUAUCAAGCUCAACAUUAUUAUCGCAACUCUGAAGAACAAUAUCAAGCAUCUCAGCCACAACAAGAACAAAAUCCUGAAAAUGUGCCCUACCUGGUCGAUGAACAAAGAAAAGGCCUUGAGGCUACCA